AAUUUAAUUCUCAUUUUUAAUGUUAAGGUUUAACUACAGAUCUACAGCGUACAUGGUGGAGCAUGGAUUUUAUGAUUUCCUCAACUGGUUUGAUGAGAGAGCAUGGUACCCACUCGGCAGAAUUGUUGGAGGAACGGUUUACCCUGGCUUGAUGAUAACCUCUGGUUCAAUCCACUACGUUCUCUCUCUUCUCAAUAUUCCAAUUCACAUCAGGGAUGUCUGUGUAUUCCUGGCUCCCCUCUUCAGUGGGCUGACAGCCGUAUCCACUUACUUCCUAACAAAGGAAUUGUGGAAUGAGGGAGCAGGAUUGUUUGCAGCGUGUUUUAUCGCAAUUGUACCUGGAUAUAUUAGCAGAUCAGUAGCUGGCAGCUACGAUAAUGAGGGUAUUGCUAUAUUUGCUCUGAUGUUUACGUACUACCUCUGGAUUAAAGCGGUAAAAACAGGAUCCGUGUACUGGGGCGCCUGUACUGCGCUCUCAUACUUCUACAUGGUGUCUGCCUGGGGAGGAUACGUGUUCAUCAUAAACUUGAUUCCUCUUCACGUCUUCGUUCUCAUCCUGAUGGGUAGAUUCUCUGAGAGGAUCUACGUGGCGUACAACUCCUUCUUCAUCAUGGGUCUCCUCUGCUCUAUGCAGAUCCCGUUCGUCGGGUUCCAGCCCAUCCAAACCUCGGAGCAUAUGGCGUCUGCUGGAGUUUUCGGUCUUUUACAGGCGGUUGCGCUUCUCAACUACCUUAGAAGUUUCCUCUCAAAAUCAGAUUUUAAAGUGGUUUUUCUUGCUGUGGGAUCUCUUGCCGCCGCUUUAAUCUUGAUUUUAGUAGUCGGACUUACAUGGGCAGGUGUAGUAGCUCCGUGGUCUGGACGGUUUUAUUCUCUAUGGGAUACUGGGUAUGCUAAGAUCCAUAUACCAAUUAUAGCUAGUGUAUCUGAGCACCAGCCUACCACGUGGUUCUCAUUCUUCUUCGAUCUUCAUGUCCUGGCAUGCGUUUUCCCCGUCGGACUCUGGUACUGCAUCAAGAACAUUAACGAUGAAAGAGUCUUCAUUGUUCUCUACGCUAUCUCAGCCGUCUACUUUGCCGGAGUUAUGGUCAGGUUAAUGUUAACCCUAACCCCUUGUGUUUGUAUCCUGGCAGCAAUAGCCUUCAGCAAGCUGUUCUCUAUCUACCUCAAGGAGGACGAAGGCCCAAAGGACGAGGAUCCUGAGACGAACGAGAAGAACGGCCGACUUUACGACAAAGCUGGGAAGAUUAGAAAAAUGAAACAUGAACAGGGAAGUGGAGACGGACUAGGAGUGAACCUGCGCAGUAUUGUUGUUAUUGCAGUACUAAUGCUUCUCAUGAUGUUUGCAGUUCACUGCACAUGGGUCACCAGUAAUGCGUACAGUAGUCCUAGUAUUGUGUUGGCUAGCUACGGGAAUGAUGGCUCAAGACAGAUAUUGGACGAUUUCAGAGAAGCGUACUAUUGGCUUUGGCAGAAUACAGCGGAGGAUGCGCGUGUGAUGUCCUGGUGGGAUUACGGUUACCAGAUUGCAGGGAUGGCCAAUAGGACAACUCUAGUUGAUAACAACACGUGGAAUAACUCCCAUAUUGCUCUGGUCGGAAAAGCUAUGUCCAGUAAUGAGAGUGCUGCCUACAGUAUUAUGACUGAACUAGAUGUGGACUAUGUGCUAGUCAUCUUCGGCGGUGUUAUCGGAUACUCUGGAGACGAUAUUAAUAAGUUCCUUUGGAUGGUUAGAAUUGCAGAGGGAGAACACCCACAGGAUAUAAAGGAAAGUGAUUACUUCACAGAGAGAGGAGAAUUUAGAGUAGAUAGUGAAGGAUCACCUACACUUCUAAACUGUUUAAUGUACAAGCUAUCCUAUUACAGGUUUGGAGAUUUGAAGAUGGAUUAUAGGAGUCCUGCCGGGUUUGACAGAACUAGAAAUGUUGUCAUAGGACACAAAGAUUUUGACCUGACCUACCUGGAGGAAGCGUAUACAACAGAACACUGGCUGGUCAGAAUAUACAGGGUGAAGAAACCAGAUGAGUUUAAUAGACCCAGAAUAUCGCCUGAUGAUAGAGAGAUUUCAAGGAAAAAGAAUUUUGUCUCAAAAAAGAAUAACAAGCGUAAGCGUGGUAUUAUCAAGUCCCGUCCAGUAGUCGUUAAAGGUCAGAGAACCUAAACAACAACAACAUGAUGAGCCACAUCAGUGCCUACAGCCGUCAACAACCUGCCCGCUGUUAGCAGUGAAUUAAGAUAAUGUGAUCAAAAUAUUAUGAAACUGUGGGCAUUUGUGGCGUUUACAUCUCCUGCACCUUCAUGAUAAUGUUGAAAAUGUAACGGAUUUUUAGUUUUCAUUUUGUUAAGUUUUUUCCAAACCAGUUUUCAGAGAGAGCUCACUUUGUCCGCAUUUAUAUUUUGGACCGGUUUAUUGAAACUUUUUUAUUGUGGUUUUUAUUCGAUGUUUGAAAGGACUAUAUACGUACUUCUCAUUGAUAUUUUCUUGUCUCUGAAAAGCAGAAAAAAUCUAAAGUUUUUUUAUUUUUCAUUCAUUUUAGAAAAUAAAUCUUUUUUUUUGUUUGUUGGGGGGGAUAUCUGCUUUGAACUUUCUUUUGUUCGAACAAAAUUUCUAUAAUUGUUAUCUCUCUCUAAUUGUGUUUCCCUCUAUUGUGGUGAACAUGAAACAGCGAAAAUUAUUUACUAGUUGAUUUUCUUGAUCUUUAUAAUAUGGACAUUCCUUUAGUUCCUCCUUUUUGAUUCCGAGGUUUAAAAACUUGAAAUCAAAUUAGAACUUCUAUUAUGUUGGCGAAAGAAACAUAGAAUAUGAAAUGUAAAGUUAGUUGGAUUAAAAUUUGUGCGAUUAUAACAAAAAUAUUUUUGGUGGAUUUUGAAUGGGGUUGUGUUAAGGGGGGGGGGUCAUUAUUCAAAUUUAUUUUGAUUCCAUCUUGUGAUAUACGUUAUUGUAAGUAUAUUUGUAUUUAAUAAAAAUAAAUCGUGA